CUUCGCUCCCCCGCUUCCUGUCUCCCUCGAACGAAACGUUUUGGCACCACAUCCCUCCUCCUCCCCCUCCCGACACCCCUCUCUACGUCCCUCUCCCCCUGGGCCCAGUGUGUGGGCGGCGGAAAGAAGUCUCACGUACACGCGUGCAGACCGAGGUACGACCGACGAGCACACAACAGCCUGCAGGCAGCAGUAUCAGGCUGGCGACUCACCUGGCAGGCUGACGUGCAGAAGGGCUCAUCAUCUUGUAAGAAUAUGGCUGCCCAACUAUUGGCACAAUGGGGGCCGACUAUAGUGAAGAAUCUGCCAACCAUCCUUCUGGCAGCGGAUGGGAUGUACAAAAUAUAUCGCACCGUCAGUGACUCAAAUGAAGAGAAAAAAACUGUGCAUGAGGCAAUGAAGUUAAUAGAAGAAAAGCAGGGUGAUAUUGACAGGCUCAUGGAGGACAAUAAGAAAAUGAAGAGUGUGCUUGAGGGCCUCACUCUUCUCAUGGAUCGCCUCAAUCAGCAUUAUGAGAAUCAGGGCAGACAUCAUUUCCCUCCCUCGAACACCAUGGCUCCUCCCUGCUGCCAUGACCACCAUCGCCCUUGGGAACCUCGUGGCUGCAGCCACCAUGGCACCAGGGCCCCAUCUGGCUGCCACCACCAUGACACCAGGGGAACCCCUGGCUGCCACCACCAUGACACCAGGGGACCCCCUGGCUGCCACCACCAUGACACCAGGGGACCCCCUGGCUGCCACCACCAUGACACGAAGGGACCAUCUGGCUACCACCACCAUGGCACUAGGGGACAGCGUGAUUGCCAUCACCAUGAUGCCAGGGGACUGUCUGACCGCCACCACCAUCCUCCCGGCUGCCAUUAUGAGGACCCCCAAAGUCCCUCAGGCUUUCCCUGUUCUGCCCAGGAACUCAGUGAUGAUGAUGAUGAUAAAGAUUGUGGCGCUACCUCCAGUGAGUCUUCCAGCUGUGAAGGUAGUUGGAGGGAGUGUUGUGUGUGUCGCAGAAACUACAACUUGACUGAGAGGAGGCCAACCAUCCUUGCCUGUGGCCACACCUUUUGCCGAAAGUGUCUUGGGAAAGUUGCUCAGCGUGGCCCCCUGCUUUGUCCCACUUGCCGGACUCUUGAAAAGCGGCCUUCAUCUCUCCUCCCAUCAAAUGUUGUUCUGAUGGUUGCCUUAGAAGAGGAGGGGCAGAGGCAGGAGAAUGGAACACAAAACAAUGAUGAUAUAGAUGACUGGAAGAAGAAAUCCACCGUGUUGCAGGAGACAGAAGAAUUACUGAUGCAGAUGGUGCUUCAGAUAUCUACUGAGGCAGAGGACACUAAGGAUGAAGAUGACUGUAAGAAGACUAACGCCUUGUUGCAGGAGGAAGAGGAAUUACAGAUCCAGAUGGCACUUCAGCUGUCUACUGAGGCAGAGGCCAAUAAGGAUGAAGAUGACUGGAAGAAGACUAAUGCCUUGCUGCAGGAGGAAGAGGAGUUAAACAUCCAGAUGGCACUUCUUCUCUCUCUGGAGUCCGAGUAAGUGUGCACCUGGUAAGAAAAUAUCUUACACCAGUCUGGUAAACUUUCAGCCUGUAUAUAGCAUGUCUGAACCUAGUAUAAACCUGUAAGGGGGCCUGAGGAACACUACUCACUUAAAUUAUAUUGAUUUUCAAAUAGUAUGACCACUUGUUCAAUAUUCAUAUGCAUGAGUAUUUGAGUAUAUUUAUUUAGCAUUUAUGAUUGAUGAAAGAGCAUAUAAACCAUGGAGAAACCUGAAGGUAAUGCUGGCUAUUUGAAAACACUACUCUAGUAUUCAUUGAUUUUCAUGAAACUUUAUACUGGAGUUAGUGUUAGAUAUCUUGAACACCUUGCAGAAUGGGUUGUACUAGUGCUAUGCUGAACAGUCAACAUGACCCAGAGGACAAUGGCAACCUCCAGACUGUUAUGAAGAUCAAGGAUUCUUGCAUCAAAUUAGAGAAGCACAUAACAGACGAUGUCUUGCCAAAAGUUGGGAGGAUUUCAUUGGGUUUGAUGGAGGCCCGGGAGUGUAGGAGGGAACUUGUGAGGUUUAGGAAGGAGCUGACAUCUGCCAAUGAGCGCCUCAUGUGCCAUCUGAAGCAGCUUGAUGCCAUUGACUUUCAAAGCACAGAUUAUCAGGAUAGGCAGAGGAAAAAAAUUCAGGUGAAAAAAAUACUGAAUUUGAUGGACCAGUUUGACAAAAUGCAAGAAAACAUUAAUCAGCUGAUGCUAAACUGUACUUAAUAGGGAGAAAGUGUCCUUUGCAUGACCUCAUGAGAAUUUACUGUAGUCUGUUUCAUUAUGAAAUAGGGUCUUGCAGUGAGCUCGACCUGUCACCUGGUGGUCCUCUUUGAAACUCUGUCAGCUGCAAAUCUGCAGACCUCUUUAGUCCAGCUAGACUUAAGUGACAUUUUCCUGUACCAAACUAGCAACAUUUCAGAGUUGUAAUGAUCAAUAUUAUGUUUACACCAAAAAAUCCUGCGUGUUGUACAUUAUUCAUGACAUUGUAAUGAAAAUGUUGGCAAACUAAAAUGCAUUCAAUGAUAAAUCCUAUAACACUCCAUCUAUUGAUUCAUAGGAAUGCAUUAAUGGGGAUUUAUGGGUAAAUAUUUCCUUCAUGCAAAAAAAGAGAAUGCAAUUAAGUCAAACAAUUAAUGGUGUCAUGCUUUCAAUUUCUACAAGUAGUGGUGGAAGGUGUUAGAAAUUUUGGCACUCAGCAUUUCCUCUAGCUGACAUGCCCCUGCCUCACACAUAGUAGUCAUUGACACUUCAGGUACGAGAACUUUUCAGUGGUUAAAUUGUAUUUUAACUAUAAUAUAUGGUGAUUUUGAGAUGUAAUAUUAUAUUUCUGUCGAUUCCAUGAUGAUGGUGUGAUUGGCUGCCACUUGGCCAAUCAAAAUUGAGAAAAAAGAAGGGAUGUGGCUGCCUGAAAUUUCUGCAGUUCACUUUUGAUUAAACUCGUUAACUUUGAUUUGCCUGCUAUGUUGUAACCUCUAUGUGGCAUUCUAUAGGAACCUCUCUCCUCAAAAAGGCCAUCAUUUAAUUGGUUUUGUGUAACAUAUGUGGUCAUGUAGCACUUUUUUAUAGCAACAGUAGUAGUAGUAGUAGUAAUGGUUGUCUCAGAAUAGCAGGGGUAGAUAUAUUAAGAGUGAAGUAGCAGCAGUAGUAUGUUCAAGCUCCUUUUCCCAGAGUCACACCAGGGAGAAUAUGAUUUAAAUAUUGAGUAAUUGUGUUAUGCUGCACAAAAUAUUUUUACUUCAUCUCCCCUUAUGCAUGAAAGGAUGAGCAUCUGCAUUCUCUCAUCCUUCUUGCUAGUUAUUUCUGGAACGGUUUUCUCUCAUCUGCCUUUCCUCUUUCCUACUACUUAACUGGUACUGUACAAUUAAUACCGGUACCAGCAGUACUGACUUAUACGUUAACAAUGGCAACAAAUAAGAAUACUAAAUGUCAGAAUUUUGUUAAAAUGUAUGAAAUCAAUAUGUGGGAUUGAAAAAAAUCAAUCCAAAAUAUGAAAGCAGUAGAAAAUUGACAUAAACAUUUUUUUAUACAGUAGUAAAUUUAUUGUAUAUUGAAUUAUCUAAAACUUUGAAAUGGUCAACUGGAGAAAUGCAUUGCUUAUUGAGGUGGAAUAAUUUAAAACUGCAGCAAGUAUAUAGAUAUAUAUAAAAAAAAAAAAGCUUACCCCUCUGAUAGCAUAAUAGAUAUAUGUCAUAUAUUGACAUUAACUGUAUAAAGUUUUAGUUUUUUCUUUGUAUGUAUGUAAUAUCAAACCCUUAUAUACACCGAUAUUACUCUUAACUCUAAAUAUAUAAAAGAUCAAGGGGACUAUCAGCAGAGAAUGAUGAUGUGAGGCCUACUAUACUAGAAAUUUAAAACCAUUAGCUAUACCUAUGUGUCUAGUGGGCUAAUUAUAUGCAGUAUAUAUAAAGGAACAACCUUAGCUUUUCAUAUACCAGACUAGAGGGCUCUGGUUAUAGUUGAUAGUAAAGUUUCUGCCUACUGAGAAUGACAUGAGUGUUUAUCAACAUUAAUUCAUGCCCUUUUUGUCUUCUCGAUGUUAUAUAAAAUGCUAUGAACUUUGAUUCUAUACCGGACUAUGGCUUUCAAUAAAAUGUGUAUAUUCCCACAAA